UAUGUCGUUGACCGUAUAUCUUUUUGAAUGCAAGAACUAGAUUUUGUUGAAGUUGUAGCUGAAACUGUUGACAUUGAAAAACAUAAGAAGAGUAAUCCAUAGAUUUUGGCACCCGCGAAUCAGACAUGGACCUAGAUUUGCGGAAAAGUGGCCAUGGCAUUGGCAGCAAUGCAUCACUGCAAUCCAAUCUUGUGCUGUAUUCUUACUGUCAUAGCUCUUGCUCAUGGCGUAUUCGAUUUGCUUUAUCCCUCAAAGGGAUCCCAUAUGAGUACAAAGCAGUGGAUCUUUCAAAAGGAGAGCAGUACAGUCCAGAAUUCGAGAGAUUGAAUCCUCUGCACUAUGUUCCAGUAUUGGUUGAUGAUAAUGUGGUGGUUUCAGACUCUUAUGCAAUAUUUCUGCAUUUGGAGGAAAAAUAUACUCAGAAGCCACUGUUGCCAGUUGAUCCUCAGCUUAGAGCUCUCAAUCUUCAGGUAGCUAGUAUUAUUCACUCCAGUAUACAGCCUCUUCAUAUGCUUAAUGUUCUGAAAGAUAUGGAGAAAAUGUUUUGUGCAGAAUCAAAACCAUGGGCCCAAUUUACCAUUGACAAAGGUUUCUCAGCUCUUGAAAAAUUACUGAAGGAUUUUGCUGGUACAUAUGCCACAGGAGAACAUAUCUAUAUGGCUGAUGUGUUUUUGGCCCCACAGAUUACACUGGCAGUUCAGAGAUUUGAUAUUGAUAUGUCCAAAUUCCCUACCCUUAGUAGAUUGUAUGAAACAUACAAAGCUUUGCCAGAGUUCCAAGCCUCAUCACCACAAAGACAACCUGAUGCCUUGAUUCAUAACCCUUGAUUACUUGCGCAUCUUCGAUUAUUAUUAUAUUUUGGGUGUGGAGUUACCAUGUAAAUUAAAUGGUUGUCACAACACAAGGCCUUCUAUGCAACACUAAUAAAUGAGAGAAAUAAUAGAGCUUGUGAUUGAAAAGCAGACACUACACUACUUGAGCUCUAUUUAGUAAUUUGUAUUUACUUGUAUUUCAUAACCUUGUUUCCUUGUUGAGCAAUUGACAGCAUUUGUUGUUAUAUUAAGCUAAUGUGUAUUAUUAUAUUUUCUUCCCCCUUAAUUUUGGAAGUUGUAUAAAUAGUUGCAAUAUCAUGUAAUAGUUUUAU